CAGAGCAAACUGCAUCCCAGAGCAACAUGGGACAGUGAAGGAGAUGGACAGAUAGAAAAAGAUGAGAGAUUUGAGCUUGGUAUACAACUAGUGUGAUGGCUGAAGAGAUUGCAGGCAAACACUCAGUGGACUGGACAUUGUGGAGCGAGGGUCGGAUUUAUUGUGCUGGAACGAAAUAAUUUCAUUUCACCAAGUAUCAACAGGAAAUACUUGAGAACUACAGUUGGAAGACCAGCUUUUGAACUGCAGAACAAAAAGAGAAUACCAGAGUGGAUGGUGCAGAUUUGGAGUGCAUAUGGAUAUCGUUUUACAUCCAGCAUAAAAUAGCUUUAACAGACUGGUAAAAUAGUGCAUAAAAACCUUUUCACUUCUCUAGCUUAGACUUACAUUUGCUUUUUUUUUUUUUACAUGUGGUGCACAGGUGGAUUAUAAUAGGAAAAAUAUGUGAUUGAAAAUAAUUAUUGAAGCUAAACUCAAAAUAUCGGGACAUCAAGAUCUAUAUCACCACAAAUGCUAAAGCUAUGGAGGCUCAACACUGGCAGAAAGAAUGGGAUUACCAACUGGUACAACUAACAUAUACCGCCAGAUUGGAAAUCCUGCCAAGGUGUUUGAAUCAUGUGGUCCACUGAGAGCAUGGAGCCCGAAGAAGCACAUAGCAAGAGAAGCUUGUUUAGCAAGGUGGAUGUGCCUGACCAUGCUCACUAUGUCAUUGCUUUAUUUGUCUUUGUUAUUGGGGCACUUGGCAUCACUGGGAAUGCUCUGGUUAUGUUUGCUUUCUACAGCAACAAGAAGCUCCGUAAACUACCUAACUACUUCAUCAUGAACUUGGCGGUGAGUGACUUCCUCAUGGCUUUUACACAGUCUCCCAUCUUCUUCAUCAACUGCCUCUACAAAGAAUGGAUGUUUGGAGACAUGGGCUGCAAAAUGUACGCUUUCUGUGGUGCCCUUUUUGGCAUUUCUUCCAUGAUAAACCUUCUGGCCAUCUCGAUUGAACGGUAUCUGGUCAUCACCAAACCACUGCAGACCAUGCAUUGGGGUUCUAAACGGAGAACAAUUUUUGCCAUCUUUCUCACCUGGUUUUAUUCUUUGGCCUGGAGUCUAGCUCCUCUUGUUGGCUGGAGCUCCUAUAUCCCAGAAGGCCUGAUGACAUCUUGCACAUGGGAUUAUGUUACAUAUACAGCAGCUAACCGAAGCUACACCAUGAUGCUCUGCUGUUUUGUCUUUUUUAUUCCACUUGGAAUCAUCCUUUACUGUUAUCUUCGAAUGUUUCUAUCUAUACGAAAGACCAGCAGGGAGGUCGAACGUUUGGGUACUCAGGUCAGAAAAACCACUCUUAUCCAACAGAAGUCCAUCAGGAGUGAGUGGAAAUUGGCAAAGAUUGCCUUUGUUGUCAUUGUGGUGUAUGUCCUCUCCUGGUCACCGUACGCCUGUGUCACACUGAUUUCCUGGGCUGGCCAUGCCAACAUUUUAUCUCCAUACUCGAAGGCUGUCCCCGCAGUAAUUGCAAAGGCCUCCACAAUCUAUAACCCAAUUAUCUACGCCAUCAUACACAACAAAUACAGGAUGACUCUGGCAGAAAAAGUGCCCUGUCUGUGGUUUUUGUCUCCGGCUUCCAGGAAGGAGUGCCUGUCCUACUCCAUCAGUGAGUCCUCUGUCAGGGACUCCAUCAUCAGUAGACAGUCCAACGCUUCCAGGACUCAUUUUAUUAAUGCAACACCCAGCCGCAUUAAUAUGGUGUUGAAGGAUGUGGAGGUGGAACAUCUUGGAAGGAAAUCAGGAGACUCCUUGAGAAGCAUGUCAUCAUGCAGGCAGCCAUAUAGAGGUAGGUCCUGUAAGAGGCCAUCUGAGCAGAAGAUAAGUAACAAGUACACACCACAGAAGCAACCACCUGCAAUGAGUGACCCACUAAGCACCCGUGACCAUGAAUUGGUUUCCAGCUCUCUGACCAUUGCCACUCUACCUUUACUUGUUCUUACCAGAAGGCACAGCGAGAGUCUAACCAAUGAGAUUUUACACUCAAACAAUGAGAAAAGCAACAUCAGAGACAGGCUACAUAGCCAGAAGAGCAGCUCUUUUGAUUCCUUGAAUCUUGGGAAAAAACCCUUUGCUGAUUCCAAGUCACCUCAGAGCAUUCCUCACAUAAUUGUCAUCAGUCCCACCUCUGAAAGCGGCAUCAUCCACCAUGAUAGUGUCCAAUUAGAGGACAGUAUUGAGGCAAUGGAAAACAAUGUUUUUGUUAGUCUAAACUUCUCAGCAGAAGUAUUUGAGGCAGUAAAACUACUCUCCUGACCACAUGGAAAUAUGUAUGUUCAAUUCUGGACUAAAAGACAAUCAAAUGGACAGAGUUUUUUCUCAGCAUGUUGUUGUGAACUGUCUUGACUGUCUCCUUUGCCACAGAAACCACAGAGCAGAAGAAACUGGGAAAUUAAACAGCAUAAACUAUACUUUUUUCAAAGCUUGACAUGCCACAGUAAAAGUGUGUCUGAUAAAUCUAAGAGUCCAUGAUGAUGUGGAUUGAGAAAUCCUUGAAAUUAUCUCCUACUGCUAUUCGUAAAUUCUCAUAAUGCAUAGAAAUGCUAACUAGCAGACAACAGAAAAUAGCUAUAAAGAUGGAAAAUUCCCCUUUAUUCCUUUAAAUCAAGAAGAAAUUGAAGAAAAGCAAAGCAAUAACAUGAUGUAACCAUGUGCUUAAAGCUAAGAUAUUCUUUUUUUUUAUCUCGUUAUACUAGUUCCUUUAGGCCACAUGGACCAAAUUUGUCCUGGCAACAUUUCAGCAGUGUAAUGAAAAGUGAAUCAGUUCAAACCCUCGGGAAAGUUAGGAUAUCUCCCAUAAAACUAUGAAAUAUCUCUCUGUGCUUACUGUUAUGAUACUAUUCUGCAGUAGAUGGUCCUUUUAAACUAGAGGCAACAAUUCAAAUCCUAUGAAGUGUAAUAGUAAUAGUGCAUCUCAGCAAAUUAGAAUCUCAUCAAAAAGUUAUAUUAUUUCAGGAAUUCAGUUCAAAACAGAUUUGACAUGCACAAAGUUAGCCAGGAUCUGCUCGGGGUUUCUUCCUGUUAAAGGGGACAUCUUCUUUCCCCUGUCACCACAUUUAUACUCAGUACAAGGGAUUGCUGCAAAGUUAAAAACAUGAUAUGGCUGUAUUAAAGCAACCUGGGUUUUCUCAGCAGAAUCAUGGGCUAAUCACCUCCAAAAGUAGCAAAUUACUCCCUCAAAUUCAAUUAUAACAUUGUCGAUUUGGAGCAGGUAUCAGGGUUAAAACUAUGAGAACAAUAGUAGAAAGAACUUACAGUUGGUUUUGGUUACUUAUUUUCCAUUUAAAAUGCUCCAGUUGUGCAAAUGGUUGACAUGUUUAUUGCUGUCCUGUAAAAAGUCAACAAAUUACAUGGCAAAUGCUUUUUUAAUAACAAUAUAACCAUGUUCAUGGAUACUGUUUAAACCAUUCACAUGUAAUUUCCUAUAAUGCUUGUUUUUUUUUUUUUUUACAUAUUAUUUAAGCAUGAGUACUGUGUUGGUUAUAUCAUUUACAUGCAACGCCCUUUGUGAUCAUUUUUUGUAUUUACUUUUGUUUUUUUAAUAUUCAAUAUCAUCUGGAUCUCAUUUGGAAAAUUUUGUUGCCAAAUUGAAAUGUUAAGUUUCCUUAAGGUCAACUAUUCACAUCCAUAUAGGUCAAUUAAUUAUACAUUUCUAUAUGUCAUAUUCUUGGGAUGUAAUAAAUGAUUAUUUUACUCUAAAUUUAAA